AUGUUACUUCAAAACACUCGGCUGAUUGUUGAUUUAUUUUCAGGAAUGAUCAUUAUGGCAUUCUUUUGGGGUUGCGUUACUGACAUGUUUGGCCGUAAAAAGAUAAUGUUCUAUGGUUACCUGCUUACUGGUCUAUUAAGUGUGGCUAUGUGUUUCUCACACAAAUCUUGGCAUUUAAUAACGUUCAAAUUUUUUGAUGGUAUGAUUAUAUCUGGUCCAUAUGCGGCACUUAUGUCGUAUCUAGCAGAAAUACACAACGAAGCACAUCGAUCGAGGUCAUACAUGUGGCUUGGCGUGUUCUUCUCGCUGGGAAACAUUUCUUUGCCAUGUAUAGCAUGGCUUAUAAUACCUCAAAAGUGGUACAUCACAUUUUUAAGCGAUACAUUGGAAAUAGCUUCCUGGAGAAUAUUUUUAGCCAUUUGUUCGCUACCCGAAUUUUUAGCAUGCAUAGCUCUUUUUGCUUUCCCAGAGAGUCCGCGUUUCCUUAUCUUAAAUGGUCGACAUGACGAGGCAUUGAAUGCCUUCAAAAAAAUCUACUCACUCAAUACUGGCAAGGAUCCCGAUACAUAUCCGAUAAAACGUCUAGAGGAUGAAUAUUCCAUUGAAUCAUGCGGAGAACGUAUACAGGACAAGUUGAAGAAUUGUUGCAAACUGAUAAAACCACUCUUCUUGCGACCCAAUGUCUUCAGAUUGAUACUCAUUUCAAUGAUACAGCUUGGAGCAACAAUAGGAUCGAAUUCGCUCCGGCUUUGGAUGCCCCAGCUGUUCGUAAUGAUCGAAAAUUACAAAAGUACUGUGAUGAAGGACGAUAACCGCAUAUCGGGUUUACAGCCUUCAUUUUGUUACAUGUUAGGUCAGGAAAAAUCGUAUCUUAAUUCCAUGCAUUAUGCCAACAAUACGAUAGGCACUACGGCUGUAUGCGUUCCGGCGGAGUUGAAUUCCAGAGUCUUUAUCAAUUCCAUUGUCAUCGCCAUGACAGGUGUUAUCGGUUAUACUGUAGCUGGUUCUCUGAUAACGGUAGUUGGAAAGAGGAAGUUAAUGGCAAUUUGCUUCAUCGUCGCUGCUACUUGUUGCGGUUCAUUGUACUGGGCUGAAGACACUAACAGUAUUCUCGGAUUGUCUUCAGUAUUUGUUGCCAUGAUGAGUAUAGGCGGUGCAACCGUUGUUAAUAUCAUUGUCGAUAAUUUUCCUACAUAUCUAAGAACCAUGGCGGUUAGCAUAACCAUGAUGAUGGGAAGAAUUGGCGCAGUAAUCGGUAAUCUAUUGUUUCCGGUUUUAUUCAAUCUAUCGUGUUUAGGACCGUUCGUCAUGAUCGGCUUAGCCUCUUUAGUGUCUGCACUUCUGGUUGCUAUUCUACCCCGUAAAACAAUGCAAGAUGACAAACCGAAAGAUAUUGUUUGAUCUUUCUGGUUACAUCCAUCAGUUGAUUUCUUUAUUUGCUUUAUUAUUUGUCGAAAAGUAGAUAUGUAAAUAUCUUUUUGCACCUUGUGCAGUUUAAUGUAACUGUCGUCGUUGUUUUAUAUUCGCGUUAUAUCUUCCAUUAUGUAAAUUUGCACACUCAUCUAGUAUAUGCCUAUAUUUUCCCAUCUACUGUAUUCUAUAUAUAUAAUAUAAACGAAUAGAUCGUGCGAUCGUACAAUGUGUACAAUACACAUUUUAAGUUCA